CUCUCUGUUCUUAUUUUCUUUGUAGUUUUGUGUAUCUUUGGAGUAUUGUUAACAAUUUUCUAUGAACACUUGUCCUGUGAUUGAGACUGGGGUUUGUGGAAGGGAAAAAUAAAUUAAAAAAACAGAAUUAUUGAGAAUGCUUGGAGCCUAGGACGUGCUUUCUACCCUCGAAUACCUUACCCUUUUGCAGAGCAAAGGAGGAUGGAACAACUGGCCUUUUGCUUUUUCUUUAUGAUGAAUCCUCUUUUCGAUUUUGGCCUGGCCCCUCUAUAAUGGCUUAGCUUUUCUUAAUUGUUAAUUUCAAACUCCUAUGCGCAGUAUUUCUGUUAGAUUUGUUCUUAUAUCAUAUUUAAAAAGUGACCUUUGCAUUUUCUUUAGUCUGAUGGGGAGCAAGUCAGAGAUCAAUUUGCCUUUAUCUUUCCCAUUCUUUUCAACAAAACCUUCAAAUUGAAGUCUGCAUUGAUAGUUCUUAACCCUGUUAAAGUUGAAUUAAUUGGUCGGCCCUUCUUUUUUCGUCCGAAACCGGCGACUUUUUCUACAGGGCCUCAGUAUUCUUCUUAAUGUAAUAAUCCUAUUACAAUGAUAGGCUAAAAUCACCAUGCUCGUUUGCUAUACUACAUGUUCAAGUAGCAGUAGGGUACAAAGUCUUGUUCUUUCUACACUACAUGUUGCUUUAGUACAUGUGAUAAGCAAAAAAGUGGUGACGUUAUUUACUAUAUUUUUUUUUCUCUUUAAAAAAGUGAGGUUUUUCCUUUUUGCUUUAGUUUUCAAACUUUUCAGUUAUCAAUUCUUCUACGAAAGAUUUUCAUAACGGAGACAGAAAACAAGAUAUGCUUUACCUUCUAUGAUAAAUUGAGAUUGUACUUAAAUGUGCUGGAGGAGGAAGUGUAUACAAUCUCUUCCUGAUUUAAAGGUAAUUUAAUCUAUAUCGAUAGAUCAGUGGCUAGCAUGUAAGAUUAUAGAACCAGGUGUAUUUCUCGAGAGUUCUGGUUUUACAUGUCCUCAUCUCUGAAAGAUGUUAAAGAGUCCCCUUUCUACUUCAUCAACGAAGGGAAUUUAGCCUAAUUCUUAUGUGCAAUAUUCUUCCUCUAAUCCUUCCUCCAGAUACACAAUCAGCUAAUUUAGUUCCGAGGCCAUCAUCAUUGAACCAGGAGAACGGAAAGAGUCGCUGAUAUCUCUGGACUUCACCAUGAAGCUUCACUUCCUUCCGGUGGUUACCUCUAUUUGCCUCCUACUUCCUGUUCUUCCACUGAUCAUUGGUGACCUGAACUCAGAUAGGCGGGCCCUGUUGGACUUCGCAUCUGCAGUCCCACAUACCCGAAAGCUCAACUGGAAUUCUAGUGUCUCAAUCUGCACCUGGAGUGGCAUAACCUGCAAUAAGAACAGAACAAGGGUGAUUGGCAUCCAUCUUCCUUGUGUGGGACUAUAUGGCCCCAUCCCACCCAAUACUAUUGGAACACUAGAUGCUCUCCGAGCUCUUAGUCUGCGAUCUAACCACCUAAAUGGAAGUAUUCCUGCUGAUAUUGUCUCCAUGCCUUCCCUCCAAUCCGUUUAUCUCGAGCGUAAUGCCUUCUCUGGAGGAAUUCCGACUUUUCAUUCUGUCCACCUCAUUGUAUUAGAUCUGUCAUUCAACUUUUUUAGAGGUAGUAUUCCACCCACAAUCAAUAAUUUGCAGAGACUCACCACAUUGAGUCUCCAGUUCAACCUUUUAUCUGGUUCUAUCCCAGAUCUCAACCUCCCAAGGCUCAAGCUACUGAAUUUGAGCCAUAACAUUCUGAAUGGCUCAAUUCCAAAUUCACUCGCAACGUACCCAAUUUCUUCAUUUGACGGGAACUCUCGAUUGUGCGGGGCACCUUUGACUGAUUGCUCUACAAGCUCCCCCUCUACUUCUAUAUACUCGCCAUCCCCACCCACAUUUUACAGGAGUACUCAUAGAUCUAGAUGGGAUAAGAAGGUUGGAGCAGCUGCUGUCGUUGCCAUUUUAAUCGGGGGCUUCUCAAUUGUAUGCCUUCUAGUUCUAGUGAUCUGUUUCUGCUGCUGCAGAAAGAAAAACCGCAGCAUCAGCAGCCGAAGUCUAUUGAAAGCAAAGGCUGCUAAUGUUGGAAGAAAUGAGAAGUCUGAGGACUUUGGAAGUGGGGUGCAAACAGCUGAGAAGAACAAGCUCAUCUUCUUUGAAAGAUGUUCAUACAACUUUGAUCUCGAGGAUUUACUGAGGGCAUCGGCCGAAGUUCUUGGCAAGGGAAGCUACGGCACAACCUAUAAAGCCGUUCUUGAUGAGAACAUAAUCGUUGUGGUGAAAAGGCUGAGGGAAGUUGGGGUGGGGAAGAGGGAGUUUGAACAGCAAAUGGAGAUCGUAGGGAGAAUGGGGCAGCAUCCUAAUGUGGUGCCACUCCGAGCUUACUACUACUCCAAGGAUGAAAAACUUGUCGUCUGUGAAUACAUCCCAACCGGCAGCUUGUCCGCCCUUUUGCAUGGUAACAGGGGCACAGGAAGAGCUUCACUGGAUUGGGACACAAGGCUGAAGAUCUCACUAGGAACUGCCAAGGGAAUAGCCCACAUCCAUGGUGAGGGUGGUGCUAGGUUCAGCCACGGAAACGUCAAGUCCUCAAACGUGCUCCUCACUCAAGAUCAUGAUGGCUGCAUCUCUGAUUUCGGCCUGGCUCCUCUGAUGAACUUCCCGGCUACCCCGUCUCGAGGUCCUGGAUACCGGGCCCCGGAGGCAAUUGAGACCCGGAAAGUCACCCAGAAAUCCGACGUCUACAGCUUUGGCGUCCUCCUCCUCGAGCUACUGACCGGCAAGGCUCCGGUCAGAUACUCCGGCCAUGAAGAUGUCAUUGAUCUCCCGAGGUGGGUGCGGUCCGUUGUCCGGGAGGAAUGGACGGCGGAAGUUUUCGACGCCGAGCUGAUGAGGUACCAGAAUGUGGAAGAAGAGAUGGUGCAAAUGCUUCAAAUUGCACUUUCCUGUGUCGCCAAGGUGCCGGAGAAUCGACCGACGAUGAACGCAGUUGUUAGAAUGAUCGAGGAACUCCGGCAACCUGAGUUGUCAAACCGGCCGUCGUCGGAGGAGAACAUGUCAAAGGACUCCAAUAUGCAGACGCCAUGAUUCGCUCAGGCGAUUUGGUUUCAACUGGGGCAAAAUGAAAACUUGCUGUACAUUUAGCAGUGGAGAUGACUGAUGAGCAUCUUCUUUAGUUCUUUUGCUUUUUGUUCCAUUUAGCAGCGGAGUUGAUUUGUAGACAUUUUAAGAAUUUCUUGUUCAAUUAAUUGAGUUGCUUUCAGUCUUGUACAAAACAACAAAGCAACACAUGAUCUAAGGAAAACUUUAUGGCC